CACAACCCAUCCAUCUACGCCCAUCAGAUCUCCAGACCCUGUUACGGGUCUCAUUGAUGCAAGAUGUCCUCCGAUGAGAUUGUCUGGCAGGUCAUCAACCAGCAGUUUUGUUCUUUCAAGCUAAAGACCACGAAAGGACAAAACUUUUGCCGCAAUGAGCAUAAUGUUACUGGUCUCUGUAAUCGCCAGUCUUGCCCGCUGGCAAAUUCCCGCUAUGCGACCGUCCGGUCUGAUCCUGAAACCGGCGCAAUGUAUCUUUACAUGAAGACAAUCGAACGAGCACACAUGCCCAGCAAGUGGUGGGAGCGCAUACGACUAUCUUCCAACUACGCCAAGGCCCUGGAACAGCUUGAUGAGCGACUGAUCUACUGGCCGAAGUUCCUGAUCCACAAGUGCAAGCAGCGUCUUACCCGACUGACGCAGGUUUCCAUCCGCAUGAAGAAGCUCGCGAAGGAGGAAGAGCGUCUUGGAGAGAGAAUCGUGCCGAAACUUGCCCCUAAGAUUCGGAGGAGGGAAGACACGAGAGAGCGAAAGGCCGAAGCAGCUGCUAAGGUCGAGCGUGCCAUCGAGCGCGAGCUGAUUGAGCGUCUGAGAAGCGGCGCGUACGGCGAUCGUCCACUGAACGUCGAAGAGAACAUCUGGAAAAAGGUUCUCCGUGGCCUCGAACGUGAGGGUGAGGGCGAGAGAGAUGAAGAUCUUGAUGAGGGUGAGGAGUAUGACGAGGAAGAGGAGGGCGUUGGAGAGGUGGAGUAUGUCAGUGACCUCGACGAGGAUGAGGAGGACCUCGAGGAUAUUGAAGACUGGAUUGGCGGAGACUCUGCGGAUUCCAGCGACGACUAUGAUGAGGAGGAGAGUGAUGAGAGCGAUGAGGGCAGUGACGACGACAGCGAGGGCAGCGAGGCUCGGAAACCUGCCCCUGGCUCCAAGCGGAAGCGUGCUGCUCCUCCGCCCAAGCCAAGAAAGAAGGGUGCCCGGAUCGAGAUCGAGUACGAGACGGAGGGUCCCGCAAGAGACAGUGUUCUCGCAUAAUAUUUUCAUUUUCUGUGACAGCCUCGAAAAAGUACUUGCAUGGCGUUUUGUGGAUAUCGGUUUUCGCGAGAGCUUAAUUGAGUCAGGAUCGGGCAGUCCCAUACCCAGUCAUUGCCGACUUGAUAGUGAUUCAAAUAGAUCUGUUUCAAAAGUCCGUAUACCUACAAAUGGGGUUUAAAAUGUG